AUGUUUCGCGGAUUCGAUGCGGUUCACUUGGUCGUUCGCAAAACCAUUUGCUCAGCUGACAUGGUUACAAGUAGUCCACUCAAACUGGAACAGCCAACUGCUACCCCCGCAGAAAUCGCAGGAUCCACCCAUGGCUCGGCUGAGAUCAUCCCGUUUAAGCUGCCAGGGCACAAGGACGGGACAUGCCAAGCUGGUUUGUCAAGCGAUGAGGUCAAGCUGAUCAUGCGAUGUGUGGAUGUGAAGCUUAGGACCCCUUGUGUGCUCAAGGUGGAGAACUUCUAUGGAGAGCAAGGUUGUAAAGUCGUGAAAGUUGCCCAACUUGUGACUAACUCCUGGCAUGAUGCUAAUUGA